AUUCUGCCAGAGCCGAGGCACAGCACCGGCGCUUUUGUAGCAGUGAACCCAUCUUGAAAAAACCCAUUUUGAACCAGUGAACCAUCGAGAACCCAGAGGUUUCCUGGCCUCCGCAGGAGCUGCUCGAGCCUGGGGACAGCCCCAGGGCUCCCCUGCCCUCCCCGACCCCCUCAUGCAAGGGGCCACCUCCACCUCACCCAUGGUGAUCCAACUGGGUCCGCUAAGGCUCUCCCACACACCCAGCCUCACCCUACAGCAGCUCACUCCUCUCGUCACGCGACGUUUCUGCUCUUUCCAAGCACCGCUAAAGUAAAACAAGCAAGGAAACAUCGACGCUCUUACUUCAGCGGCAUCCGCGGGCUCGGGCGCCAUGCCGGGUGCUGGCGGCGCGCCGCCAUCUUGGCGCGGCGCUGCCCUCACGGGCGGGGAAGGAGGCUCGUGUCCCAUCCUCUGCCCUCACCCAAAAUGGCCGCGGGCGCGUCCGGCCAUCCCUGAGGCGGGACCGGCGCUGAGGGCGCGGAGGCGGCCGUGGGUCCCUUCAGAACGCGGCUGGAGGCCGGGCAGUGAGGUUUCAUGAGUCAGACUGGGCUGUUGGGAGUUUCUUUUGAAGAUGUACAUGUUGGUUGAAAAACGCACAAAUUCCCAUCUUCACCUGAAGAGGUCACCUGGCAUCCGAUCCUGGUCUCUGUGUGUUGGAAUAGCCUCCAUAGGUUUGGCUGCUGCUUAUUAUAGUGCAGACAGCUUGGCAUGGAAGCUCUUCUACAUGGCUGGGUGUUUCUUUGUGGCAGCCCAGAAUCUGGAGCAGUGGGAGGAAGCUGUAUUUGAUAAAAACAAGGGAACAAUCUGCCUAAAAACAUUCAACCUCUACAAAAAAAUACUGACCUUGUCAAAAGGAGGCAAUGAACAAGUGGUGGCCGUGCUGAGCGAGGUCCGCGAUGUGAACGUGGAGGAGGAGGCCGUGCGCUACUUCGGGAAGGGACACCUGGUUGUGCUGCGCUUCGUCACCGGCUUCUCGCACCCGCUCACCCAGAGCGCCGUGCUGGGCUGCAGGAGUGAUGUGGAAGCAGUUGCCAAACUCAUUACAAAUUUUCUGGAACUGGACAGAGUAGAGACCCCGCAAGAUUUCUCCCAGAGCAGCGAAACAGAGGCAAGUGAUGCAGAUGAACCCACAGGUUAAAUACUGAUAGUCAUUGUGAACUGAAGCAAGCAGAGGCUUUCACACAUCUGGAAAAUAUUCUGAUUGCUCCUCAGAAAAAGAAACCCCUCACAACCCUGACCUGGGCAUUUCUCAACAUGUGCAUUUACAACGGGUGGAAUCUGUCAUAGUUUAGAGUUAAACUGCUUCAAGACCCUGCAUGUGGACACUGCUGCCUUUUGAACUUUUGUCACCUCAUCAAACUUGUCUAGGAAUAGUUAUUUAUUAAUGAAUUGGUUUGAAAUAAUUGCUUUUCCAUUAGUGAAGUGAAGAUACAGAUGUGAACUGCUUACUGCAAACAUUUGCUGCAGGUACAGUAUAUGCAAUGUAGAAGAGUUGAACUUGUAACUCAGAACACAAGGCUUUGAGGUUUCCCCUUUAAUAUAUGCAAUUAGGAGAUGCAGAGUAGUGGCACUUUUAUGUUCUCUACUACUGACUUGCCACUGGAUAUCUGUGGAAAUUAAAGUCUGAGUGCCUCUCUUGGAAUUUUAAACAUCAGGUUGAUCAACUUGUAACGGUGUCUUAUCUUAUCUCAGACUCACCAAGGAGCUGUAAAUAGCAAAGGAAAAAGGAUCAUGAUGAAAUGUCUUUGGGAUGCUCUACCUUAAUCCUGUUCUGCUUAACUUCUGAGCAGGACUGGGCAAUCUUUUUCUAGACCUCAAUGUUUACUAUUUAAACUGUGUAUUUAGAAAGGAAGCAGGGACAUGUGUAAUUUUAGGUAGGGAAAAGACUGAUGUCAAACAAGGUGGUAGCUUAGAGCUGUUGAGUAUUUCCUCACUUGAAAUGAUACCGAAGUGCUAAAUAAUAACUUUUUUUAAAGUAGGUAGCAUAGACUAAAUGUCUGACUUGUACCUGUGUUUUACUCCAGGUGUGUGGUGUCCUCUGUUCUGACCAAUGGUUUCACAAAUAGUUAAAAUAUAAUUUUUUUCAAGGUAUUUCUGAAGUAAAAGCUACCUCUGUUAGUCAACAUAUUCUGUCUAGAGCUAGAACUCCAUCAUGCUUACAUUAACAUAUACAAGAAAAAUUUGUAAAAAGCUGCAAGUUCCUUCAGCAUGCUACAGCUGCUUGUGCUGAAGUUCACUAGGUUUUAUUUAGGAAUCUGAUGGUCUUUAGAUUUAGAACAUAUUUACACAGUUAGAUCCAGGAGAUGUGAACAAGGUACGAGGUGACUGUGCUGUCUGCUUUCACUGUUGGCCAGCAGCAAGUGUCUCCUGUCAGCAGUUUCUUCAGAAUUUAAAAGAGCCUGUGGUCUUGUUUCCAAUCACUCUACCUCUACAGAGAGAAGGCUCUGAAAAGUUCUUGGCAGAAGGCACAUCCUGCUGUGUGUUCAGUUUGGUCUGAAGCUGAGCCCCUGCUCAUCAAAGGUUUCCCUUCCUUUCCAUUCCCAGGAUGUGAGCAGAGGCUGAGGCUGGUGCUGUCAGUGAAGGUACUCACACUGCAGCAGGGUUCAUGGCUGUUGAUGUAGCUUGCCUGCAGCACAGAACUGGGUCUGUUUCCUUUAAAUGAGGUAAAAAACUUGUCAUCAUGUCAGGUAUCAGUACAGACCUCUGCCAAUACGUGUUCCUGAAAGUCCUCUGAGUUGUUGGGGUAAUCAUGGGGCUUUUGGUGCCUACCCCACACCACUGGAACUGGGAAGCUGCCGUGUAUGAAUGUGGGAAAAUUAGGUUGCAAUUAGCUAAAUUUGCCUUUAUUCUCCAGCACAGCUGUAGGCUAAGCAUAAUCAUCAAACCUGUUUAAAAAAUAUUGCAGGGUGUAACACUUAUGUAGAGUUCCUCAUUUAAAUCCACUGUAAUGUGUACCCCAGGUGAUGCUGAUUUGAAAGAGGAGAAUGAGACUGGGGAUUUGGGGAACUGUCUGUGCCCCCGUCAGCAGUGGGAUCAGCCUGAAGAGCUGCGGAGAGCAGGUGCAGCUCGGGACAGGCUCCACUCUCCCCUCUUUGGAGGAGUCCUCUCUCCUCCUCCUUUUCUGCCACCUCCCCCCAUUCUGCUGAAGCCUUUCCUGGAUGGUUUUCCUCACUCCUCUUGGGCGCAGUAAACAGAGCCUUACAUGUGCCUGCUGUGAAGUGACUUGGACUCAAAGGAAUGACAGGAAAGACUCCUUUUGCUUGGGACAUGAGGGACUCCUAGGAGACUCCUACAGGUGUAGUCAUUUUGCAUCUCAGAGACUUGUGCCUGGACAGCUGUAGUUUGCAUGACUUCUGAGUGAUGUAAAAGCUGCACAGCAGACCUUAGAUCAGCUCAAACAGCCUGACCCCUAAAGCAAGCCCUUUGGUCCUGUCCUUACUGUCACUGCAUGGGCAGUGCCACUGCAGGUGCUGCAGCUCGUGCCUGGGCAGCACAGGGGGCUCCUUGCAUGGCUGAGGUGGGAUGGACUGGGCAGUGAGCAAAGCCAGAGGGCAGCUGUGCACAGGGACAGCUGUGCUUUGUGGAACCCUGCUGUAACCUCAUACUCCAGUACUUCACAAUGAAAUACUCCAUACCUGGCAUCAACUGUGCAGCUCUCAAAGAAAAUCCAAAUAUUUAUAGUUGAGGUCUGACUCUCGAGCUGUAUUUAUGAAGUUACACAGACACCAAAACCUCAGCUGGCUCACAUAAUAAAUAAAAAGUGCUAGUUCUGACAGUGUCACAGAUGGCUGGGAGGCAAAAAUACUUCUGGAAAAUGUUUAGAAAUUGCCUUUUUUUUACUUUAAAAUUGCAAGUAGAAUUUCAGCAAGGCCUUGUUGUGUUGUCUUUUUUUAAAAAAAUGUUCAUUGAUAAAAUCAACUUUGAUAACUUGUUUUGCAUCGCUGUAGUAUUUUGUAUUGUUUUUAAUUAAAAUUAUUAAAAUAUGAA